AUGAAGCUUGUGGAGCUGCACGUGUUUUUUGUACCUGAUGAUCAGUUUGAUCGGAGGCUGAAUAAAGUAUCAGCUGCAGCUGUGGACUCGUUCAUUUCAGCUGGAUUUAUCAGAGUUGAUUCAGAAGCGAGUCUGUCUGAUCUUAGAUCUGAACUUGGGCCAUUCCUCGGGGUUGACAGGAUCGCAGAGAAAUAUGUUUUUUUGAAAUGUGUUGGCAGAAGUUUUGCACUGGUCAAAUUCAGGCAAGAGAGAGAACUGACAGUAAAAUCAUUUACUCCUCCUUUUGCUCCUUUUCCUGAGAUUUACCUUUUGCCUGUGCUAGAGAAUGACAGCGGUCUUUGCUGUAGCUCUCUGAGCCCUGAGACUUUAGUUAGCAGCACUGACCAUCACAGUCAUAAUUUGCCCAGACUAACAUGUGCACCUGCCAAUUUAAAAGAGCCCAUUAAAUUACCUUCAAUCAAUAAAGGUACUCGCCAGUCUGUCUUGAUGAAGGAGGCAGAGGAGGACGAGAGUGAUGAAGAUGCAGAAUACACUGACACUACUCUUCCAACAUACAGUGUACAAGAUCAGAUGGAGUCCAUAAACAAACAUCGUGACAGACAGCUUGCUAAGCAUGAAGGCUUUUCUCAAGUAGAAAUGAACGCAACUGCAAAAAAGAAACGCUAUUUUAAAAGGAAUGCAAAAGACAUGGGAGCUUCACAGGCAUUGGAGGCAUUUGACGAUACUCAUGGCCUGACAAGGAAAUUAAAUAGUUCUCUGACACUGAAAUCGAGCGAAGGAAAAACAGAAAAUGUGGUUCUCAUGAGCAGACCAACCUCUCCACUACCAGCAGAGAGCUAUUCUCCACUGUCCUCCUAUUCCUUGGAAUUUUUUACACCACAAACAACCACAAACAAUGAGCUUAAAGAGGAAAUGAAGCUACUCAAAGAGCAAAGGAAAGAGCUUGAAAAAACAAGACAAAUGCUUUUGAAAAAGGGCAGAGUGCUUUUAGCUCUUAACAGACAUCGUAGGAACCAAGCACGUGACAGGUGGAAGACAUAUUUUGACACUAAGAAAUCCACAACAAGUCUAGAGGACAAGUUUAAAGGAAUACGGCAGGAACUUCACACGUUCUACAGUAAAAUGCUGCAACAACUCCAAGCCAGAGAUGGUGCCAGACACCAAACCCAAGCAAGGAAGCUGUCAAGCUCAAGGUUAAAGAAUGAGUUAAUAAUCCAGAUUAUGACGGAGAGCGUGAGUGAAAUUGAUAACCUGAGGAAAAACGUGGACGAUGCUAAAAUGAAACUGGCCACAGAGAUAAAGUUGAGGAAGCAAGCAGCCACAGAACUACAGGCCUUGAGAGCAGAACUGAUGGAAAAGAGGGCUCAGUUGUAAGAAACAAAGAAAACAGGUCUACAAUACCACAACUAAUAAUAUGACUUCUAGUUGAUCAUUUGGAAGUGACAGAAGGUAGAUCUUUCUGAUGAAUCAUCUGUUCAACUGCAUCCCAAUCAUCACAAAUACUACAGACACCUAUUGGAAACUGCAUGAACCCAAGAUUCUCAAAGAAAUCAGUCAGGUAUUGUUUGGGGCUACAUUUAGUAUGGGCGCAUGCAAGAGUUCUGCAGAGUGGAUGGUGACAUCAAGAGCAUGAGGUAUCAAGACAUUGUGCUGCCCAUUAC